GCCGACACAGAUUAUAAUCCAAGAUGGCGGCUUUCAGGUUGUUAUUAGUCUGUUCUGUCCUUCUUGUUUUUCCGAUAUCUUCGGACUCUCUGCCAGAACCUGGAAAACAAGAGAUGGUGUUUCCAACGUCUGAGACGCAUAAAACAUUUUCAAAAGCUUUAUACGAGGGAACGACUAUUUCUGUUAAAGGAAGUUGUUCUUCUAUUGAAGAAAGUACGCCAACGAUAAAAAUCAGUUGGAAGCUAAUAUACUCACAGUGUGCUGAACAAUUUAUGGGAUUAACGGAAAAUAUGAUUAAUGUUUAUUGGGAUAAAACAUAUAAUCAUGAAAUCCAUGGUGAAGACACUGUCAUAUGUAAUAACAAUAUCCAUUUGUCAGAUAUGACAUCACAAGAAGAAUAUAAUUUCAAUGACACUCUGCCUAAUGCUGCAAAAUUUAAAAAGGAUAAUGAUGGAAGUGAUCAAGAGGAGGUAGCAAAACCAGUUGAUGGAGGAAAGACAGGAAAACCAAAUCCAGGUAAAAAUGGAACACAAGCAGAAGAGCAUAGUGAAAAUAACAAUGCAACAGAUCAGCGCACUGCAGAAAUUAGGCAAGAAAGAAGUGCAGAAAUGGAGGACAAAGAGGUCAAAACCCUUUUACGUGUGAAAAGAGAUAAUGAGGUAAAUGGUGGUGUUCCAGCAUCAAAUACAAAGAAACAAAGGAAAUCAAAGAAAACUAAAAACCAGAAAAAGGAGUCUAAUAUUCCUAAAACUAAGAAAAACCCAAAAUCUAGUGAGAAAUCAAGACGUAUAGCAUUGAUAAAGCGAGAUGGUAUCUAUAUGCUGAUAGUAACUGUGAUGCCAGUAAAACCAGAGAAAACAAAGGAAUCAGAGAAAUCAUCAUUUCAUUUGAAGUUGGAAGUAGCCAUGGAAAGCAAAUCUGGUUACCUUUCAGCUACUGAUUGGCCUCUGUUGCCUUUCUAUGGUGUCAUGUCAUUAGUGUACUUGUUCUAUGGAAUCAUAUGGCUCAUUGUAUCAGCAUGCCAGUGGAGAGAUCUCUUGCGAAUACAGUUUUGGAUUGGUGGUGUUAUCGCACUUGGAAUGUUAGAGAAAGCAGUCUUCUAUUCAGAAUAUAACAAUGUUAAUAACACAGGAGUUGCAACCCCUGGCCUUGUGGUGUUUGCAGAGAUAAUAUCAGUGGCCAAGAGGACACUGGCUCGUAUGCUGGUCAUUAUUGUCAGCAUGGGCUUUGGAAUUGUCAAACCUCGGCUUGGAAAAUCUCUUCAUCGAGUCCUGGUUGUUGGUGCUUUAUACUUCAUCAUUGGCAUUGUUGAGGGCUAUCUACGAUCACACAGACUCAAGGCAGACCCAAGCAAGGAGCAGCUAAUUGCAGGAAUUCCUUUAGCUGUUCUCGAUGCUGCUAUCUGCUGGUGGAUCUUCAUGUCUCUGGUUCAAACCACCCGCACUUUGAGGAUCCGACGCAAUGUCAUCAAGCUCUCCCUUUACAGGCACUUCACCAACACUCUGAUCUUUGCCGUCCUUGCUUCAGUUGCUUACAUGAUUUGGUCAAUCAAGACUCACAAAUUCGCCGAGUGUAUAAAGGAUUGGUCGGAGUUAUGGUUGGAUGAAGCGUUUUGGCAUUUCUUGUUCUCCAUCAUUUUACUUGUCAUCAUGGUCCUCUGGCGACCAACUGCCAACAACCAAAGGUAUGCCUUCACGCCAAUCGUUGACUUUGAUGAGGACGAAGAAGAUAACGUUACUCUUUCAGAAGCUUUCGAUGGAAUGAAGAUGAGGAACACUAGGACUGAAGUGAUCGUCGAUGGAGAUUCCAAAAAGAAGGCUGAGGACGAUCUUAAAUGGGUGGAAGAAAACAUCCCAUCUUCUGCAGCAGACGCGGUUUUACCAAGUGUUUUGGACUCAGAUGAGGAAUUGAUGACAACCAAGUUCGAAAUGUCAAAAAUGGAGUAGUCGAUCAAUCAGUGAUUACCAUCGAAGAAAGCACCACUGGCCUCUGCGCUGCAAAGACUGAAAUGGCUUACCCUUUGUGUAAAAAGAAUUAAGCAUUUGGUAUCAAAGUACCAAAUGAAAAUGAUAUAGGGAUGUCUAAAGCUGAUACUUAGAAAACCAUAUAAAACUAGAUAAUUUGUCCAUGGACACAUUUUCAUUUUGCAUCUCAACCUAUUACUGUGCAACUUCACCAACCAGAGCCACGCAGACAAAUUUGCAUACAUAUUAGCCAAUCACCAUUGAGUAUUUAAACAAUAGAAUCUGUACAAAUUUUUACAUUUUCCUCUUUAAAAUGAUAUAUUUUAAUUCAUACGUGUGUGUGUAUGAUCAGAAGUGAAUAAGAAACAGUUUAAAACCCAGAAUUCAUUGAUUCAUCUGUUAUGCAGUGUUAUAGCAGGCUAUUGUUUGGGUGGUAUUGGUUGAUGUAGUCGCAAUGUGAAAAAUAUUUUAGCCGCAAUAUGGGUCAUCAACCCGGUUAAUUUUAUAAAACGUGUUUAGUGGUGCAACUCAGGAACCGCUAAAUAUUUAAAUUUAAUCAAAGAUUAUUAUGACGUAAAGCAGGCAAUACGCUUUGAAACGAGACGUUUUUGAAGUUCCUGUGCCAUCACGAUGGUAAAAUACUGUAGUAAUGUCUCGUGAUUUUCUCGCAUUUCGAAAUGUUUUCGUUAGAUUAGUUUAAGGAAAUGCAUUUCCGCGUAAAUAGUAGCAUCUAAAGCGAAAUAAUAUUUUGCAUUCGUAAUUAUAGACCAUUAUUUUUCUACGUUGUAUUAGAUUACAUAACAUAUAUCCGUGAGAAAGUUAGCUGACACAAUUGUACAAAUUAGUACAAAGUUUUGUAGGUCUACGGUCUACUGAGGUCUACUGAACUUACUAAUGUGUGCAAUCUCUUACGAAGUUUUUCACGGAUAUAUGGUAUGCACUCUAACAGUACAAUGAAUCAUAAAAUAGCGUACCUCCUGCUUGGGUAUCCUGGUUGACAGUUCGGAAUUUGGAUAGAAACAUGGAAGCUUUCUUUCAAAACUCCUUUAAAACGUGGGUGCACAGACAGUGGCCUGGUUCUCGAUAGCGACUCAAGCCGACGCGAGCAGAAGCACGAGCGCAAAAACACAAUCUUCCAUUCUUUUGCGUUUGCACAUGCACUAUUUCAAGUUGCGUCGGCUUGUGUCACUAGCUAAGUGUCGUGUACAUUGAUCUAAUUGUGUCCGUAUUCUAUGCAGUUUAGACGAUAGUUUGAUAACUUCACUAAGUAUACAUCCACUCGAUCUUCUCCAUGUUAAACUUAUUUAGACCCUUAGCUUGAAAUACACCGGAAAAAUUCUAAGCUGA